GUCAGUCGCCGCAGCGCGUAAUUUUAAACUUGCAAAUAUUUUUUAGUGUUUUUUUCUUAUUAAUUGUAGUGAAUUAUUAAAUUUAAUAAAAAAUUGUGUGUAAUUAAAUGAAUAUGAGUGGAAAUAACGAUAGUUUUAGCACGCCCAAACAAACAAAAAGACUGGGUCUUAGACGCACUAGUAGCAUAUUAAGAGACAAAAAAGCAACGGGAUCUAUACCAAAACCAAAAAUUUUAGAAGUAGCAACGCCAGUCUCCACAUCUAGUCAGUCUACGCCAGUCUCCACAUCUAGAAGGAGUAGAUUGCCACAAAGUGAUGUGAAAAUAAACUAUAAAAAUUUAGAACAUAAAUGUAAAAGCAACAAUACCCCCACGGCUGCUGUUAAAACACCAGGAACUCCUAAGAAUACCAGCUCCAGCACUGUGGUGCAACGUUUGGCUGUAAGUACAAAUUGUCGUCCCUAUAGAUUAGCAUUGAGUAAAAAGGUCCGAGAAAAAAUGACCAAAAAAAGAUUAGAAUUCUAUUUGGCUAAUGAAAUGGAUAAAAAUGAGGCUACGGGAAAUGAAAAGAAGGAGGAAGAACCAAAUGUUGAACAAAUGUCCAAAGAAGAUUUAUUGCAACAAAUUGAAAUAGCCCGCAAGGAGCUUAAAGCCCGCCAAGAUCAUAAAAAGAAAGUACAAGAUCUCCAACAAGCCAUUAAUGUAUGGAAAACGGGAUUUUCCUCUGCUCUGCUAGAUUUGCAGCAUAAAAUUGAACCCCGUUUAGAAACAGCAACCCUCUUAGAACGUUUGCAUAUACCACAAGAAAUGCUUAAAUAUAUUAAUGAUGAAUAAUACAAAACUCGCAGUAUGUUUAAUUG